CCCUCCCCCUCUCGUCAGCAACGGGCCGUGAGGCGGCGGCGAAGGGGGCGGAGGAGGAGGAGCGCUGCUGGACGCGGCCCCGCUCGGCGCGUACUCAGGGCCGCGGGGUGCUUUCGCGCCGACCGUAGUCGCAGCAGAGUCUGGAGCCGCAGCAGCAGUCCUUGGCAUCAUGAACUGGAAUAAAGGUGGCCCUGGAACUAAGCGGGGAUUUGGCUUUGGCGGUUUUGCCAUCAGUGCUGGGAAAAAGGAGGAAGCCAAGCUACCACAGCAGUCCCACAGUGCCUUUGGGGCAUCCAGCUCGUCCUCGGGAUUCGGAAAGUCUGCUCCACCGCAGCUUCCCUCUUUCUACAAGAUUGGAUCUAAACGGGCCAACUUUGAUGAAGAAAAUGCGUAUUUUGAAGAUGAAGAAGAAGAUUCCAGCAAUGUAGAUUUACCUUACAUUCCUGCUGAAAACUCACCUACCCGCCAGCAGUUCCAUUCUAAGCCCGCGGAUUCUGACAGCGAUGAUGAUCCCUUGGAAGCAUUUAUGGCUGAAGUAGAGGAUCAGGCGGCUAGAGACAUGAAGAGACUUGAAGAAAAGGACAAGGAAAGAAAAAACGUAAAGGGUAUUCGAGAUGACAUUGAAGAAGAAGAUGACCAAGAAGCUUACUUUCGAUACAUGGCAGAAAACCCAACUGCUGGGGUGGUUCAGGAGGAGGAGGAAGACAAUCUGGAAUAUGAUAGUGAUGGAAAUCCAAUUGCACCCUCCAAAAAAAUUAUUGAUCCUCUUCCUCCCAUUGAUCAUUCAGAGAUUGACUAUCCACCAUUUGAGAAAAAUUUUUACAAUGAACAUGAGGAGAUAACCAACCUCACUCCACAGCAGUUAAUAGACCUGCGGCAUAAACUCAACCUUCGGGUCUCUGGUGCUGCACCCCCUAGACCAGGAAGUAGUUUCGCUCAUUUUGGGUUUGAUGAACAACUUAUGCACCAGAUUCGGAAAUCUGAGUACACACAGCCAACUCCAAUACAGUGUCAGGGUGUACCUGUAGCAUUAAGUGGUAGAGACAUGAUUGGUAUUGCUAAAACAGGCAGUGGGAAAACGGCAGCCUUUAUUUGGCCCAUGUUGAUUCAUAUAAUGGAUCAGAAGGAAUUAGAACCAGGCGAUGGACCAAUUGCUGUGAUUGUGUGUCCUACUAGGGAGCUUUGUCAACAGAUCCACGCAGAAUGUAAGCGGUUUGGGAAAGCAUAUAAUCUUCGAUCAGUGGCAGUAUAUGGAGGAGGGAGCAUGUGGGAGCAGGCCAAAGCCCUUCAGGAAGGAGCAGAGAUUGUUGUGUGUACCCCAGGUCGGCUGAUUGACCAUGUGAAGAAAAAAGCUACUAAUCUUCAGAGGGUCUCUUAUCUUGUGUUUGAUGAAGCCGAUCGGAUGUUUGACAUGGGAUUUGAGUACCAGGUUCGGUCCAUAGCGAGUCAUGUCCGUCCUGACAGACAGACUCUGUUAUUCAGUGCAACUUUUCGCAAAAAGAUUGAAAAAUUGGCCAGAGACAUCUUAAUUGACCCUAUUCGAGUGGUGCAGGGCGACAUUGGAGAGGCAAAUGAAGAUGUGACACAGAUUGUGGAGAUACUCCAUUCCGGGCCUAGUAAAUGGAGCUGGCUUACCCGGCGUCUGGUGGAGUUUACUUCUUCAGGGAGUGUCCUCCUGUUUGUUACUAAAAAAGCCAACGCUGAAGAACUAGCCAAUAACCUUAAGCAGGAGGGUCAUAACCUUGGUCUGCUUCACGGUGACAUGGAUCAGAGUGAAAGAAACAAGGUCAUUUCAGAUUUUAAGAAAAAGGACAUCCCUGUCCUGGUGGCCACUGAUGUUGCAGCCCGUGGUCUGGACAUUCCUUCAAUUAAGACAGUCAUCAACUAUGAUGUAGCACGUGACAUUGAUACCCACACUCACAGGAUUGGGCGAACAGGAAGAGCUGGUGAGAAGGGCGUGGCCUAUACCUUACUGACCCCAAAGGACAGCAAUUUUGCUGGGGACCUUGUCCGGAACCUGGAAGGAGCCAACCAACAUGUUUCUAAGGAACUCUUAGACCUGGCAAUGCAGAAUGCCUGGUUUCGGAAAUCCCGCUUCAAAGGAGGGAAAGGCAAAAAGCUGAACAUUGGUGGAGGAGGCUUGGGCUAUAGAGAGCGGCCUGGGCUAGGCUCAGAGAAUUCGGACCGAGGAAAUAAUAACAAUGUAAUGAGCAAUUAUGAAGCCUACAAGCCCUCCACAGGAGCCAUGGGAGAUAGACUGACAGCAAUGAAAGCAGCUUUUCAGUCCCAGUACAAGAGUCACUUUGUUGCAGCCAGUUUAAGUAAUCAGAAGGCUGGAAGCUCUUCUGCUGGGGCAAGUGGAUGGACUAGUGCAGGAAGCUUAAAUUCUGUUCCAACUAAUUCAACACAGCAGGGCCAUAAUAGUCCAGACAGCCCCAUCACCAGUGCUGCCAAGAACAUCCCAGGCUUCAACAGUUCUGGGAAUAUAAGCAGUGCCCCAGUGACCUACCCUUCUGUCGGAACCCAAGGAGUCAACAACACAGCUUCAGGGAGUAACAGCCGUGAAGGGAUUGGGGGUGGCAAUGGGAAGAGAGAGAGAUAUACUGAGAACAGGGGUGGUGGCCGUCAUAGUCAUGGAGAUGGUGGCAAUCGGCAUGGAGAUGGUGGUCGCCAUGGAGAUGGAUACCGUUACCCAGAAAGCAGCAGCCGUCAUACUGAUGGCCAUCGACACGGAGAGAACAGGCACGGAGGAAGUGCCGGCAGACAUGGAGAGAGCCGGGGUACAAGUGAUGGUAGGAAUGGAGAAAGCAGGAAAGAAGGCUUUAAUCGUGAAAACAGGAUGGACCCUCCCAAGGUGGACAGCAGCAAGAUAGACAAAGUGGACAGCAAGUCAGAUAAGACACCUGAUGGUUUUGCUGUUCCAGAGCCACCCAAACGCAAGAAAAGUCGAUGGGACAGUUAGAGGGUAUGUGAAAAUCAGCGUGAAUCAGUUGUCUUUAAUUUUAUUUUUAGAAAGAUUUUGGUAUCUAGGUGUCUCAGGGCUGGGUUGGGGUCCAAGAUGUAAGGGCCCCCUGCCCUUGGUGGAGAGCUGGAGCAUGGAGACAUUAUACCUUCAUCUGGUGUUCAUUCAGAUGUUUUCUUGGGCACCUGCAUUGGUCCUGGAAAGCAGAGAGCUGGGAAGCUUUUGUUCCUCUGGGUGAGUUAUAAGGAGGGUAAGUGGAAGAUACUUAGGGAGAAAGGGCCUUAUAGGGCACAAAACUCACUCUAGGUUUAUAAUAGCUUAUAUUUUUUACUAAAAUGUCACCUUAUAAACAUCUAUAAAUUGGAUUUUUUUGUUAGCUGUGGCCAGGCAGUCCCAUUUUUGGAGUUGGCUUCUGUAAACCCAACCUUCAAUCUGUUAGGGAUGCUUGGGAAACAGUUUGGUGCUUUCAGGUGUUUGCAGGGGAGGUACCUGAUACUCAGGUUCCUCGGACAGCUUUAUUUCCAUCCCUGAGACAUGUAGGAAGGGCAGCCUUCCAGACUCGGGCUUUGAGAUCCUAAGCCACUGGGACUGAAGAAUUACGGCAUCACCCAGGCCUGGGGCACUGCUAAAUUUACCAUUGAAAAACCAACCCCAACAGUAGCUUUGAAAGUGUCUUAUUGUAAUUUUUUUUAACUUGCCCCAAUAGUAGGAAAGUCUUUUGCUGAAAUGAUUCUGAUGAUUUUUGUUCUAUCUUGUUUAUAAAAUGAAAAUAUACAAACUUUGAAUUUUGUGAUUUUUUUUUUGUUUUGUUUUUUUGUUUUAUUUUUUUGUGAAGGUUUCUUUAAGAUGUGCAUUCCUCUCUGCUUGCUCGCUAGUAAAUGUUUUACUACUGGGACCUGAGGGCUGUCGUUUCUACCGUACAGUAGUUGCUACAUAUUAAAUUAUGGCUUGGAACAGUGCAGCCUAUGAUGUGAAAUGUGGGGAAGUGCUUGCUUAUUAAACUAUCAGAAAAGUUA